AUGAAUCUUAUUCCAAUUGAACUAGAAGAUGAAGUGUUGGAGGAUUUACAGCCCAACCUGAAUCAUGGGGAUGUCGAGGUCUACGAAUCCGUAGAUUUGGAUAGUCAAAGUGACUAUAAUGAUGAGAGCUUGCAACAUAUGGAUAAAGAGGAAGAUGUUGUUUUGGAUGGACUAGAAUACCAGCAUUCAAAGAACGUGUUUGGAGCAAACGUUGCAGAAAAAGAAAGGAUCAUAUAUGGGGGACAUGGUGAUGAUAGCGAGAACGUAGGGACUCGAUUGGCUCGAAUUAGAAGGGAAUUGGAGGAAAUAAAGGUUCAGGAAGCCAACUUGGUCGACGAGAAACUGUGCGAUACGGAAAUUGUGAUUUUAAAACGCAUGGCAGAUCAGUUGCAUCAAAAGCUACAACUUCAGACGGAAGCUCUCAAACAACGUUUGCAAAAAGUUGACCAUGUAGAAGCAGCAGACGAAAACUAUGCUGCAUUACCAAAUAUUUCGGUUGGUUUUGAAAACAGCCAACGCGUCAUGCGUCUGGAAGCCCAAAUGGCCAGAUUGGAACAUUUUGUUGGUGUAAGCGUUGAUCGCGACGGGAAGUCGUUAACGACUAUGUUGAAUGAGGUGUACCGGGACAUUACACUACUCAAAAACGACCCUGCCCAUUUAACGACGUUCCAAAACAGACUUUCUGCAAUAAGCGAUGAGUAUGAGCAGAAGCUCGUUGCCCGGAAAGCUUAUAGUGAUGCGGCAUUACAGAAACAAAUCCUGGAAAAAAUGGAGUCCUCAGAUCUCAAAACCAAGGGUGUUUACAACUCUUACAAUGUGCUGAGAAAAUACAAGGAAGCUCUACCGCAUUUGGUCACACGCAUGAAGACUUUAAACUCGCUUCAUCUCGAAAUCGGAGACACCGUUGGGACUGUAAAAACAAUUGACAAAUCCUUGAAGUGGGUAUCAGACCAGACAGCCAAAUGGCAACAAACCCUGGUACAUAUGGAUACUAAGCUCACGGCUAUGGAAGCUCAGGAAGCAAAAAACAUGCAAGAAAUUACAAACCGACUAGACCUUGCCGAAAAAAGGAUCAAUGAGCCAAAUCAAAGAGGUUGA